GCGUAGCUUUGCUUAGCUUGGUGUGCAGCCAGAAAUUUGCGAAGGGGAUUUCCUCAACGCCCUAACGUCAAUCUCAUCUUCUUCGAUGCUCUUGCAGUUUGCGGAGGUUUCCUUUGCGAGCCUUUUGGUGGACCAACACUCUUAAUAUCCUCAUUUGCAUGAAGUUUUUCACGACGCACUCAAAGACGCGGAGGCAUUACCGAAAGGUCCUCGGAGGAAUCGAUUUACGUUGAUAGAUUUUGGAGAGUCUUCGCUCAUGUAUCAUGCGUCAUGUCCGGCACGAGCAGUCACCUUCCUACCAUGGCACUCGAAGGUGCAAACUCGAGUUGGUAUCAGAUCGCUGGAAUUCGUCUUCUCCCCAUUACCAGCCAGGAUGAGAUCUUCUGUGGUUGCCCAUUCGAUGGUGAUAAAAGAAAGCUGUGGAGAGGUCGAUAGCGUACUGAAAUUGGAUUACCCAGUACCGCUGUCACCAGUUCCAAGUCAAUUGUCGAACGAGGUGGAGCUGCAGAGAGCUCUUGUGGCAGAGGCUGCAAUGAAAUCCAGACCAGCAAUCGGGAGGGAAAGUGUGCUGUUCGAGGAUGAGUGGCUGAUAAUUGUGAACAAACCCCGUGGAUUAUAUAGUGGCCAUGUGUUUGAAACCAUGCCAUCUCUGUGCAGCUCAAGUGGCGAAACCCCGCUGCAUUUACACAUGGCAAAUCGCCUCGAUCGUGACACAAGUGGAAUAAUGAUCAUCACUAAAUGCAAAGUAGCCGCUGCCAACCUCACUCGUUCUUACAUGAAUCGUAAGGUUCACAAGACAUACAUUGCUCAGUGUGCCCAGUCACAACCCACGUGGAGAAAGUCGAGGAUUGAAUCGGGACACGGCAGGUCCAGAUAUGGUGCCUGGCAUGUUUAUGCUAAACACGAUAUCGGCAGGCGUCUUCCUGUCAAAACUGAAACGGUUCGAGAAAUGAUCACUAGAUUAGAAAUUGUUUCAGGCCCUGAUUCGCUGAGAUGGGAUAAUGAACUUUCGGUUGAACACGACUGUCUAGAGGUCAUCGUUGGGAGUGAAGAUGAGGUGAGGCUUGUGAGUAAUGAGGUUACAAAGAGGUGCUCAGACGUUGACGAGGAGGUAACUUUGGUGCGUGCAUUUCCAGAGACUGGAAGAACUCAUCAGAUUCGAUUACAUUGCCAAUAUUUAGGUCUGCCUUUAUGCGGAGAUGUGAAGUAUGGAGGCCCUCUUUUCUGGCAGAGUGUACAUUAUGAUUCACAUACGUUGCACGCAGAGAGUCUUGCUCUCAGGCAUCCUAUGACAAACCAACUGCUUCAGGUGGUCGCUCCUUAUCCAAGCUGGGCAGUUCAAUUGGGAGUGAAGCCAUUCGAGCACAAGACGUGCUUAGAAUAAUCGUACAUUAGAACAUGGCAACCACUGUUUACCCUAGAUAAUCAACACUCUGAGAUGAUAUUAGGUUUUAGCCAUUUUGUUUGUAGAUGAGUAAAGUGGUUUUUUCAUGAUUUAUCUUAAAAACAAGGUAUUCUUUUAUUGGACUGCAUCAUUUAAGAAGCCAAAGAUAUAAUAUCACAAGUUACAACAUUUUUGUACAAAGAAAAAAUGACAAUUUAUUUGGCA